AUGCUCUGGGAGGAGGGCAGGAGAAAGGAAUUCGAGGGUGGAGCGUCGUCCACUGCGGCAUGUCUCAACCUCUCCCCCUCUACCCCUCCUCCUUCCUUUCUCUCUGCCCGCCGCGCCCUUCCCCUGUUCCUCAUCGCAGGGGGGGUGGCGCACAACAUAGCGGAGUGCAUGGCAGCACUCUCCGCCGCCCCCUUCCUCAUCUCAGCUGUGGGGGAUGAUGCUGCAGGCAGGUCGCACUACUGCAGGCAGGUCGCACUGCUGCAGGCAGGUCGCACUGCUGCAGGCAGGUCGCACUGCUGCAGGCAAGUCGCACUGCUGCAGGCAGGUCGCACUGCUGCAGGCAGGUUGCAAUGCUGCUCUGCUCUGCUCCCCAUGCCACUCCCCUCCUCCUCUCUUGCUCCCCUCCAGCCUGCCACUGUCCAACCCCCCCCCUCUCUCACGGCCCUCUAG